AUGUCGUACGAUGACACGGAACCAGCCCACGGCGACAAGUCCUCAUUCGAUAGGGAAAACAGCAUAGCCAAGGAUCCAGAAAAGGCGAAUGAUGGCGACCCGUUACCACAAUACGACGAGCAUCGCAGGAGCAGCAAAUACGACUCUGGUGAUCCGUUCGGCGACGAGUCGGAUUCUGCAGUCAAGUACCGGACGUUGUCAUGGUGGCAAGCGUCGAUAGUCAUGAUCGCAGGAACGAUCUCCUUGGGUAUUCCGUCGUUGCCAUCGGUGCUGGCAGGAAUCGGACUGGUUCCUGGAAUCAUCUUGAUCGUUGCGCUUGGUGUCAUGGCGACAUAUACGGGCUACGUGAUGUAG